AUGGCACAGGCUGAAGAUUUGAGUCGGAUGCGGAAAAGACGACGCACAAUUCGUGGAUUGGUAACGAAACUAUUCACAAAGAUUGACGAAGCCCUGGAGGAUGUAGACGGUGGAGAUUUGAGAAAGUUUAAACAAUUUGAGAUCGAUUUGAAGGAGAAGCAAGGCAAGUUGAAAGAGCUCGACGAGAAUAUUUUAGAAAGUUUGUACGAUGCCGAAGAAAAUGAUGAAACGUGCGAUGAAGAAGCUGAAAGUGCCAGCGAGAUUAUGGAGAAAGUAUUAUUCAGAUUGGUUUGCUUGGAGAAAGCAUUAGAUGACCGCUCCAGUUCAAAAGGAUCUACGUCGAUAGAACGAAGCGUUUCUCAAGAAAGUGUACUGUCUAGCGGAUCGAAGUUUGGCGAAGCUCACGCAGCUCAAGCUCUAAACAGCUACAAUGUCCGGGUGAAAUUGCCUAAAAUUAGCCUGCAGAAAUUUUCUGGAAGGGCUCAAGAUUGGCAGGAGUUCUGGGACUCCUUCAAAAGUGCAAUUCAUGAUUCGCCCGCAUUAGCGAAGGUUGACAAAUUCAAAUAUUUGAAGUCGUAUCUUGAGGAGCCAGUGCGGAAAGUCAUUGGAGGCUUGUCAUUAACGGACGCGGAUUACGAUUCUGCCAUAGACAUUUUGAAAAGUCGCUUUGCAAAGCCAACGGUGAUAAAGAGAGCCCAUAUAAACGAGUUGCUAAACUUGUCGCCUGUUUUCAACGAGAAGAACACCCCAAGAAUGAGACAGCUGCACGAUGAUAUCGAGACCAAUUUUCGCAGCCUCGAGGCUCUGGGUGUUGAUCGUGAUUCCUAUUCAAGCAUUGUUGUUCCGGUUUUGUUGGAGAAGAUUCCAGAGGCUGUGCGGCUAAACAUGUUUAGAUUUGGUAGCAAUCAUUUAGAGUGGAGUAUAGGGGAUUUGUUACACGCGUUUGCUAAGGAGCUGGAGAUAAGAGAAAGCCACGUACCAGUGCUCAAAGGGAUUUCAUAUUCAGCAAAUCCACAACGCGGAGAUCGGCCUAGGCCGCAACAUCACACGGAGAGAGUCAGCACAGCAAGUGCGCUGUUCAUGGGAAAGGACAAUUGUAAUAAAUGCCAGUUCUGUCUAGAAUCGCACGAAGCUGCGAACUGUACGCGUUACGUACACCCUGAAGAACGUAAAAGUGUUUUAAUGAAAUUUUCCAGGUGUUUUUUGUGCCUUAAUAAAGGUCACAGGUCCUUUCAAUGUAAGAGUAAGUUUCGUUGUAGGUAUUGUAAAGGUAGACACCAUUAUUUGCUUUGCCAGGAUAAGGAACCCACCGUUAAGGAAGCCCAACCCAGCAGCAUGCCCCCACCUCUUAAUCCCAAUGCAUCUACUUGGGUAGGAUUAGGCACUACAAGUGCUAGUGGAGCUAAGGAAAGAGUGGCUUUGCAGACAGCACUAGCAGCAGUAGAAGGAAAAGAGGGGAGUAGAGUGAGAGUGCUGUAUGAUUCUGGGAGCCAAAAAACAUUUGUGACUGAGAAGACUGUUGCUAGGCUGAAAUUGAAGCCACUGAGGGAGGAGAAGCUUGGAGUCAAAACAUUUGGGAGUAGUGAGCCAGAAAUUGCGAUGAGAAAGGUGUAUGGUAUCCCAUUAGUUUCAUUGAGUGGUGGUAAGAGCAUUUUAAUUGAAGCCUUUAUGAUUGAUGAAAUCAGCACUGUUGCUAACUACCAUAUCGAUGUUAUUAAUAAUGCAUAUCCACAUUUGAUGAAUAUUGAGUUUUCAGAUUUUUCAGAUGAAGACUACCUUGAGAUUGAUGUCUUGAUCGGUGCCAACUACUUGUGGAGUUUUCAAGAUGGCCAUGUGAUAAGAGGGGGGCAAAAUCAGCCAGUGGCCAUAAAAACAGCUCUUGGUUGGGUAAUUUCUGGACCGUUAGAUGGUAAGAAUUCAGAUCAUUCUUCUUUUGUCAAUUCUGUUUGCCAUGUUAUUGAUCCCUUUCCAUUGCCUGACAAGAAUGCUUCUGAUGUUGAUAAAAAUAUGCAUAAACUUUGGGAUUUAGAUACCUUAGGCAUUCGUGUUGAAGAUGAAGUGCAUAAAUCUGUCAUUGACAAUAUAUCUUUCACAGGUACACGGUAUUCUGUUGGAUUACCUUGGAAAGUAGGGCAUGGUCCUGUGCCUGAUAAUUAUAAUAAUGCAUUUGUUAGGUUAAAGAGUCAGGUUAAGAAGUUGGAAAAAUCCCCACAGGUUUUAGAGGAGUAUCAUAACAUCAUAAAGGAACAGGAGAAAGCAGGUAUAAUUGAGCAGGUUUCUGGCUCUAAUUUAAGCUCUAAGGUGUCAUAUUUACCACAUCGUGCUGUCAUACGUAGUGAUGCAGAAACUACUAAAGUUAGAAUUGUGUAUGAUGCUUCAUGUUCUGAUCGGAAAACAGGUGUUUCGUUGAAUGAUUGCCUUCAUGUGGGACCCCCACUUACCCCUUUGAUGUUUGACAUGCUUAUUAGAUUCCGUGAAAAGCCCAUUGUUUUAGUAGGGGAUAUUGAGAAGGCAUUUUUGAACAUAGAGGUAGAUCUCACUGAUUGUGAUGUCCUACGCUUUCUAUGGAUAAAGGAUAUUAAUGCAGAGAAUCCAGAAAUUGUCACCUACAGGUUUAACAGGGUUGUUUUUGGAGUGAAUUCGUCACCAUUUUUGUUAAAUGCUGUACUCCAAUUUCACAUAAAUAGGUACAGGGAAAUAGACCCUAAAUUUGGCGAAUGUAUGUCUAAGGGAUUCUUUGUAGAUGACCUUGUAACUACACACACUGACGUAAAUGAAGCCUUUUCGCUCUUUAUGAAAGCCAAGGAAAGAAUGAGCGAAGGUGGUUUCAAGCUCAGAAAGUGGAAAACGAAUGAUAGGUCACUUGCUUAUAAGAUUAAUGAAGAUGAGAUAGAAAGUAAGACAGGAACUAAGUUGGCCAGAAAUGAAGACAGUUCUAAAACUAAAGUUUUAGGUUUAGCAUGGGAUAAGGAUCAAGACUUACUUGAAUUUAAUCUUGACAAGGUUGCAGAAGGUGAAGGACAGGUUACCAAGAGGUAUAUAUUGAGUAGAAUAGCUGCUUUAUUUGAUCCCUUAGGUUUGAUCAGCCCAGUCACAGUGACAGCCAAAGUCCUUUUCCAGGAUUUAUGUCUUGAAAAGUUAGGAUGGGAUGACCCUUUACCUAAGGACAAGCUUUUAAGAUGGGAGAAGUGGUUGAAAGGUCUCAAAGACAUACAGGUCAUUACAACCCCACGGUGUAUGCUAGAUGGUUUAGAAGGUCAAAUCCUUAAGACAAGUUUGCACGGGUUUGGUGAUGCAAGUAAAAAGGCAUAUUGUGCUACUGUAUAUCUUGUGUGUGAGACAACGGAAGGCAUCUAUUCUAAACUCAUUAGUUCUAAGACAAGGAUAGCACCCCUUAAAAGUUUAACAAUUCCCAGGUUAGAACUGAUGGCUGCUAGAAUUCUGGUUAACCUAAUUGACACUGUUAAAAAUGCACUUAGUUCAGAUACCAAAAUUGAUGAGGUUAAGUACUGGACAGACAGUAUCGCUGUGUUGUAUUGGAUUCAAAAUAAGUGUGAUUGGAAGCCCUUUGUGCAACACAGGGUAAACGAAAUCCUUACGCAAUCUAGGAAGGAAGAAUGGGGUCAUGUUGUAGGGCUUGAAAACCCAGCGGACAUAGGGUCAAGGGGAGCCUCUCCGAGUCAGCUUGUUGGAAAUAAUUUAUGGUGGGGAGGUCCUAAUUGGCUAAAGGGAGGAAAAGAAAGUUGGCCUCAGGCUCUUCCUGUAGAAGAAUCUAUUGAAGUAAAGGAGGAAAUGAAAGGGCAGGUUGUUUUAACAUCCACAGUAGAAUCUAUUAACACAGUUGGCUCAGUUAUUGAUAUUAACAGACAUAGUUCUUUGGGCAAACUACUUAGAGUAACUGCCUUUGUAAAGAGAUUUAUUUCAAAUUUAAAGAGAAAGAAGGAGGGGGCAGUAGUUAUCACAGAGAAUUUGGAUGCAGAAGAUAUUCAGAAUGCUGAGAAAGAAUGGAUUAAGGAUGCUCAAGUUUAUUUGAUGGGACAGUCUGAGUAUCUCAAGUAUAAAGAACAAUUGGGUGUAAAAAAGCUUGCCCAUUUUUGGAAUCGAUGGAAAUCAGAGUAUCUUGCUGACUUAAGAGAACAGCAUAAGCUGAGCAAGACUUAUUCAAACUCUAUUUCAGAGGGUGAUUUUGUUCUAGUGCAGGAUGAGCAGACAAAGCGUGGACAAUGGAAAAUGGGAAUCAUUCAGAGUUUUAUUAAAGGCAGAGAUGGAAACAUUAGAGGGGUAAACAUUCGUAUGAGUGGUAAGGGUAAGUCACACCUUUGUGCAAGACCUUUACAAAAAGUUUUUCCUUUGGAAAUCUCAUGUAGCAAGGAUACUGACAAAAAAGAGGGUAAAGCUGAGAACAAGGAUGUGGACAAAGAAGUGAGAGAGGAAGGUACUGAAGGAAAUGUGGCUGAAGAGAAUAUUGAUUUGGAGAAUGUGAGAAAUCGGGGGGUAUACCCUAAACGUGCUGCAGCCAGGGAUGCACAGUGGAAGACAAGACUUAUGCUUGAUCAGUGGUGA